CCCGCGCGGCGCGAGCCCGGAAGCCGACUGGGACGGCGGCGGAGGCGCCUCGGGCCGGCGGGGGUUGCGGCGCCGUCCUCGACUCGGGACUCCCGGAGCUGCAGCCAUGCAUCCCCCGCCCCCCGGCCCGCUGGGCGACUGCCUGCGAGACUGGGAGGAUCUGCAGCAGGACUUCCAGAACAUCCAGGAGACCCACCGGCUAUACCGCCUGAAGCUGGAGGAGCUGACCAAACUGCAGAACAACUGCACCAGCUCCAUCACUCGGCAGAAGAAGCAGCUCCAGGAGCUAGCCCUCGUCCUGAAGAAAUGCAAACCCGCCCUCCCAGCAGAGGCCGAGGAGGCUGUGCAGGAGCUGGAGAACCAGAUGAAAGAACGCCAAGGCCUCUUCUUUGACAUGGAGGCUUAUUUGCCCAAGAAGAACGGGUUGUACCUGAGCCUGGUUCUGGGGAACGUCAACGUGACACUCCUGAGCAAGCAGGCUAAGUUCGCCUACAAAGAUGAGUAUGAGAAGUUCAAGCUCUACCUCACCAUCAUCCUCAUCCUCAUCUCCUUCACCUGCCGCUUCCUGCUCAACUCCAGGGUGACAGAUGCUGCCUUCAACUUCCUGCUGGUCUGGUACUACUGCACGCUGACCAUCCGCGAGAGCAUCCUCAUCAACAACGGCUCCCGGAUCAAAGGCUGGUGGGUUUUCCAUCACUACGUGUCCACGUUCCUGUCGGGAGUCAUGCUGACGUGGCCCGAUGGUCUCAUGUACCAGAAGUUCCGGAACCAAUUCCUGUCCUUCUCCAUGUACCAGAGCUUCGUGCAGUUCCUGCAGUACUACUACCAGAGCGGCUGCCUGUACCGCCUGCGGGCCCUGGGUGAGCGGCACACCAUGGACCUCACCGUGGAGGGCUUCCAGUCCUGGAUGUGGCGGGGCCUCACCUUCCUGCUGCCUUUUCUUUUCUUUGGACACUUCUGGCAGCUUUACAACGCGCUGACGUUGUUUAACCUGGCCCAGGACCCUCAGUGCAAGGAGUGGCAGGUCCUAAUGUGCGGCUUCCCCUUCCUUCUCCUCUUCCUCGGCAACUUCUUCACCACCCUGCGGGUUGUGCACCAGAAGUUCCACAGUCAGCAGCGCGCGAGCAAGAAAGAAUGAGGCCGGCCCCAAAGGGGCCUCUGUAUCCCGUGUGUUGGGGGAGUAGGUGGGAGGCACCCCUCCUGUGUGUCGGGGGGGGCUCUUUUGUUCUCCCCUGGGUUUUGUGGGCUCUGUGGGCCCUGAAGGAAGGCCUGGUCCUGUGUCCCAGGCUGCGAGGAGCUGGGGGCCAGGGCUCUCAAUAAAGGAAGCAGCACAGA